AGCACUUAUAUGUUUAUGUAAACGUUCGUUUCUGGUGGCUGAGUGCUUCUUGGGGAGUUAUUUUGUUUCACUUGGUGUUAASUUCUGAAUUUUUGCUGAAAUGUCUUCGAGCGAAGGAAUCACCACGAGGAGCYGUGCUAGAUCCGAAGGAGUUAUGGAUUCACUUUCUCCGGAGCUCAAGGAUGAAAUAAUGAAUACCGUUAGAGAUGCGAUUAUUACAGCUAUGGCGGAGGUGAAUAAUUCCUACAAAGAGAAAAUUCAAAGUCUUGAACAGAGAAUUGAUGGUUUGGAAGCACAAGUACUUGAGCUGUCGCUACAGCAAAAUAAGGUAUCUCUGAAAGCAAACGACAACGAACAAUACAGUCGAAGGCAUAAUGUUAGAAUAGCUGGAUUUCUGGAGGAAGAUGGCGAGAAUUGCGUCGAUAAGGUUAUCAAUUUCUGUAACGAAAAAAUAAAAUUAAAACUGUCUUCGAAYGACAUUGAUAGAGCCCAUCGUGUGGGAAAACCAAAGUCCAAUAAACCUCGAGCAAUUAUCGUCCGCUUACAGGCACAUCGUCAUAAGGUUGCAAUAUUGAAGAACAGAAGGAAUCUGAGGGGAACUAAUUUCUAUGUCAAUGAGGAUUUGACAAAAGAAAACCAGGUGCURUUCUCUCAAGCUAGAAGGAGUGGAAAUGUAAAGAGUGCCUGGACCAUUGAUGGYAAAAUCUUUGCUAAGCGAAAAGAUGAUGAUAAAAUAUACAUGGUCUCUUCUUUUUUUGAUCUCACCAAGUAUAAUSUAGGUGUUCCAAUGCCCAAGUAAGUCUUGGUUACCAGAUGAGUCUCGCUGACUUUAACUUAUUGACACUAUGAACUCUAUAGAACAUUA